UUUGGAUCAGCGGCAUCACAUCAUGAGUGGGUAACAAUUCUCAUCAAUAGCGAACCUGGCUAGGCACUAUAUAUAAUAGCAAGUGCCCGUAGAGCGGACCAUUUACUUUUGACGAAACUCCCCAUCGUUUUGUUCUCUCUUUUCUCACACAGACCCUAAGUACUAGCCUGUGAACAUCAAGAUCUCAGCCAGGGAGACGACUGAGUGGAGCAGAAAACAAGGAUAUCAUGAUUUCUUCCGUUGUUUUUGGAGGACUGUUUCUUAUCAUCGCAGUCUACUAUUAUUUUGCAGCAUCGACCUCGAAGGCAUUGCCUCCUGGACCGCGUGGGCUGCCAAUACUUGGAAAUGCGCUGCAGUUGUUGGCAUCUGGGCUUCCGUUGGAACAGGUAUUCAUGAAAUGGUCUCGAUCUUACGGAGAUGUUAUGCUCGUUACUGUUCCUCGGCGAAAGAUAAUAGUUCUGAACACUUACAAAGCGGCAAAGGACCUUCUUGACAAGCGCAGCUCGAUUUACUCCGACAGACCACCCAUGAUUAUGCAUAUGGAAUUAGCUGGAUGGACACGGCUGACCCCUGGUCUCCCAUACGGCGAACGAAUCCGUACGCAUAGACGGAUCGUAAUCUCGACACUCAAUCCCAAAGCCGUUCAACAAUACACCGAACUGCAAAAAACCGGCGCACUUCGACUAAUCGAGGCAUUAUCCAAGACGCCGGAUGAAUUUAGUCAACACCUCAAAAAUUAUGCAGCUAGCACGAUUAUCAAACUCGUGUACGGUCCACAGAAGACCGAGGAGAUUCUUAAGUUAGCUUAUGAAGCAAUGGAAUCCUCCAAUGCUCUCGGGUUCCCUGGGGCAACUGCUGUCGACUUACUUCCUGUCCUUAAGCACAUACCUAUCUGGAUGCCGUUUAUUUCAUUUCGGAGAGAAGCCGAAAAAGUUCGCAUGAUCGUCCAACAGGCUCAUGAAAUGCCGUACAACCUAGUAAAAGAUGCAUUAAAAAGCGGAACUGCUGGAUCCUCUCUGGUUGCCGAUAAUCUACGAGCCCGAGGCGGACUAGAAAAUGUGUCGGAAGAGGAAGAGGAGGACAUCAAGUGUGCUGCGGCUACUCUUCUCGCUGGUGCUCUUGAUACCACGAUUUCAGCUCUUAACGAAUUCGUUCUUGCCAUGGUCUUAAAUUCAGAAGUUUACAGGAAGGCACAGACUGAGAUUGAUACUGUCGUCGGUGACAGUCGACUUCCGUCCUUCGAGGACAUGGAUUCAUUACCUUACCUUGAUGCAAUUAUUCGUGAAAUCCACCGUUGGGGUGCCGCUUUUACAUUAUCUAUCCCUCAUAAGCUUAUUCAAGACGAUAUAUAUGAGGGCCACCUACUACCUAGUGGGGCUCUUGUAGCACCCAACGUUUAUGCCAUGUUCCGCGCAUGCCCCGACCCAGAAAGCUUCAUUCCUCAGAGGUAUAUAGACGGCACUUCUCUUGGCGAUGUUCCGGAGGAUCCCAGGGAGUUGGUAUUCGGAUUUGGCAGACGUCGCUGUCCUGGAGAACACCUUGCCAAUCGGACCAUAUUCAUUGCCCUGGCCCAGAUUACAGCACUCUUUGAUAUCUCCCCAAGGAAGGAUUCGUCCGGACUUUCUUGUCCACCCCUAGCUGAGUUUACGUCGGGAGAUGCUGUGCGUCAUCCAAAGCCUUUUAAAUGUUGUAUAACUAUUCGUCCAUCCAGAAGAGAAUUUCUCAGUAGCUACACGUCUUAGUUUUUCUAACUUUUCAUAAGAAUUCACAUUGUACACUUUUUUUUUUUUUUGUAGAGCGGUGUGUGUAACACACAUAGUAAUCUGCAAUCAACUAAGUUAAUUCAGAAUACUCGCUUGGGGGAGGGGGCAUGCCCCUUGGACAAAGUAUAAGUAACCGAAACGAGGUGCCAAACCGAAGAUCUACACGGGGAAAUGCUGUUACGCACUAUUCAGAUUCGUGUGGGGCUCUGUGCCGUCCUCUCGGCCGUUUCCGGCUAGGCACCAUACCCACUAAAACCCCGUUCUGGUCAAUCCAGUCUUCG